UGACUCUCCUGGGAGUGGCGAUCAUGGUGGUGCUGUUCGGCCACGAGCUCUCCUUUGUGCUCACGCCUGAGGUGCAUGAGGAGAUGGCAGUGGACAAGACGCCAAGGGAUGAGAAGCUGGACGUGUAUCUCAACAUCUCCUUCCCCUCGCUGCCCUGCAAUGUGAUCAGUCUCGAUGCUCUGGACAUGUCGGGCAACCAUGAGGUGGACAUCGCAACCAACAUGUACAAGAUUCGUCUGGACCGCCAUGGUCAGUUGGCAGACUCACGCUGGCUCAAGGACCCCACAGGGGCGUGGCGGCAAAGCAAGAGCAAGAAGCGCAAAGGCCACUCGCACGGUAAAUCCCCCACGCCCCACCAUGGGCACGGGCACGCACACGGGUACGGGCAGGCACACGCGGCAGGGGGACAGAAGGGGAAGGCGGGGGAGGAGGAGGGUGAAGAGGAGGAGGAGGAGGGGGACGAGGUGGUGGGGCUGGAGCAGAUGGUGCUGGACGUGCAGAAGGCCAUGGCUGCUGGGGAAGGGUGCCAGCUGUACGGCCAUCUUUCAGUGGAGAGGGUGGCAGGCAACUUCCAUGUAUCGGUGCACGGCCAGUCCUACCUCGUGCUGCAGCAGGUCUUCUCAUCAGUGGGCGAUGUGAACGUGUCUCACGUCAUCCACUCCCUCGGUUUCGGGGUGCCCUAUCCCGGCCGCCUCAACCCUCUGGACGGUUUCGUCCGCAUCCUGCCGCCCCUCAAGGAAGGGGGGGACCCUGCCCGCUCCAGUGGCACAUUCAAGUACUUCCUCAAGGUGGUGCCGACGCGCUUCCGCUUCUGGCACGGGGGGGCAGUGAAGACGAACCAGUACUCCAUCAGUGAAUACUUCACUCCCUCCUCGCCACACUCCAACGCCCUGCCAGCGGUCUACUUCCUGUAUGACCUCUCGCCCAUAGCAGUGAGCAUCACGGAGUCGCAUCGCAGCUUCUUCCACUUCCUCACUCGCCUCUGCGCUGUGCUGGGCGGCACCUUCGCCCUCACAGGCAUGUUGGAUCGCUGGGUGUACAGCCUGCUGCAGCUCAUCAACCGCCCUCGCCAUGCCUAUGGCAAAGCUACUCGCCUGCACUAG